AUGGGUCUCACCGGCGGCAUUGUCCGGAGGGUCUUCUCAAGAGCCCUUGCUCGUCCGCCGGCGGCAGCCGUGGCCACAGUGUACGUGCUUUUUCUCUUACAGACGAUCUCUUCCUCCGAUCCCCCUCUGUCGCCGACACCAGCAGAUUCACUUGUUCGGACUGAUGACGCUUGCAUGAGCAUGGUCGUCGCAGGAGAAGGGUCUGCUGCUGAUCACAGGAGGAGAUGGAGCUCUCUACGGCUGUACCUCUGCGGCGAGGAGAUGAACGCGGCCGCAGAGGAGGAGGAGGACGACGACGGCGAGACGGUGUCCGUCAAGAGCUUCGAGACCUGCUGCGUGAUGCCGCCGGACGAGGGCUUACGUCGUCCCGGUGGUGGAUCAUCGUUUGAUGAGCCACGCGGACAACACCGUGGACGACAACCCUGGGGAGCCUGCAGAAGAUCGAAGCAGGGUCCCUGGUGGCGAGCAGAGCCACUGCAACGUCGUCGUGCCGGCCAGGAAAGAAGAGGGAGCAGCAACGCUGAUCCAGUCUGCGUUAGAGGCUUCCUGGCGAGGAGGCAGCUGCAGGAGCUGAGGACGCGCCAAGAGCAAGAAGAAACGGACGGCUCCCAACAAGAGCCCACCAGGAGCCCCACCUGGGCGUCCGUUGCGACGUCGGUGCUGGUCCAGGUAGGCGAGCCGUUGAGCAACCUCCGGCUGAGCGAGGAGAGCGCGUCGGUGCAGCAGCAGCGGUCCAACCAGAGGUCGCGCCCUCCGCCGCCGCCGCCAGCGUUCAGAGUCAAGGAGGAGUGGGACGACAGCACGGUGAGCUCCAACGUGUCGAGGAUGCGGAUCCAGAGCAGGAUCGAGGCGACGACGCGGCGCGAGAGAGCCCUCGCCUACGCAUUCUCGCAGCAGCUCCGGAGCUGCGGCGGCGGCAGCAGUAAGAAGCGGACGGCGCGGGCGGAGCAGGGGGAGUUCAACGUGGGGUGGAGCUGGCUGGAGCGGUGGAUGGCGACGCGGCAGGCGGAGCCCGCGGCGGACGACUGCAUGAGCCGGAACGCGGACACGGCCUCGGCCACGGCGGCGGGGCACCGGCGGGUGGUGGUCGUCAGGAGGCGGAACAACGACCUCGCCGUCGAGGAGAAGGAGAGCUGCGGCUCCAACGACGUCUCCGUCGUCAGCUUCGACGGCUCCUCCAGCCUCGGUGGUGCUGGUGGUGCCCGGAGCGGGCUCAGCUGCCAUAAGCCGCCGGGCGGCAAGAGCCGGCUCAAGGGCGGCCGAAACCUGCCGCGCCGGAAGCAGGCGGCGGCGUCGGACCACCACCGCUUUCAGGCAAGAUCACACAAGGUGAGCAAGAAGGGCACCACCGAGUGGAGCAGGCGCCGCACAGGACCCACUCGACGCCGGCGGCUUCGACUUCGACGCUUGCCAACCUCCCACGGAUUACUGAGACGGACAGACGGACACGGAGCCUUGCGUCCACCUGCUCUGUACAUAGAUUUGGAAGGGAUUUGCAACGCUGCUACCUGGAGCAGCUGA